AUGCCAUACGGGGCAAAAGAAGCCAGGAGGACUCUGGCCAGGUAUCAACUUCCACCAUCCAGGCAGCUCGCGCCGGCUACCGACCACGAGGCUUACCUUGGUGACGAAAAGGGAAACAAGGACGUAACCCAAGCAUGGCGAGGCAGGGUUGGGAAACACAGCAAACACCCCAUGUGA